CCCGUGACCCGAAGAAGGGAGGACUACAGCUCCCAGCGCGCCGCCGGGAGCUACGAAGGGUUUGAUGUUGAUGUCAACAUGGCUGCUGUCAGGCAGACAAAGACAGGCAGUCUGGGAUCUGAUUAAGAAAGAGAAAUUGAUAUACAUGCGUGAAGGGGGAUCUUGCCCCUUGGAUUUCGUGGUAAAGGGCGCAGAUAAACACAGGAUAUUUUAUUCUGCCUUGACUUUUGCUGUUAUUAAAUGGUGAAGCGGGGGAGGGACCAGGACUUAAAGUUGAAAGGAGAAACAGAUGCUCUUGGGGGAAAUCAGUCACCUAACUGUCCAGAGACUCCUUGUUGCUCCAGCUGUAGUGACAUCCUCACGGAAUGCAGGCGGUCUUGAGUUCACUUCCCAGACAAGGCCUUGCAGAAGCCAUGUCUCACUAUACAGAUGAACCUAGAUUUACUAUAGAGCAGAUAGACCUUCUUCAGCGCCUACGAAGGACAGGUAUGACCAAACAUGAGAUUAUUCAUGCUUUAGAGACCUUGGAACGCCUUGACCAGGAACACAGCGACAAGUUUGGUAGAAGGCCUAGUUGUGGCAGUGGCUCUAUAGGCAACAGCAGCAACAAUGUGCCCGCUUCAUCGUCUUCCACAGCAACUGCCUCUACACAGACACAAUAUCGUGGAAUGUCCCCAUCCCCUAGCAACAGUUAUGACACAUCCCCACCACCCUGCACCACAAACCAGAAUGGGAGAGAAAAUGAUCGAGUGCCAGCAUCCAAUGGCAAGAUAUCACCUACUCGUUAUCUUGCUAACAGCAUAGGACAACGAUCGUACAGUUUUGAAGCAUCAGAAGAGGAUCUAGAUGUAGAUGAUAAGGUAGAAGAGUUGAUGAGGAGGGAUAGCAGCAUAAUCAAAGAUGAAAUUAAAGCUUUCCUUGCCAAUCGGAGGAUUUCUCAGGCAGUUGUUGCACAGGUCACAGGUAUCAGCCAGAGUCGCAUCUCCCACUGGCUUUUGCAGCAGGGGUCAGACCUAAGUGAACAGAAAAAAAGGGCAUUCUACAGAUGGUACCAGCUUGAAAAAACAAAUCCAGGGGCUACAUUGAGUAUGCGGCCGGCAUCUAUCCCAGUAGAAGACCCAGAGUGGCGACAAACUCCUCCUCCAGUUAGUGCUACAUCAGGAACCUUCAGGUUACGGCGGGGUAGCCGCUUCACGUGGAGAAAGGAAUGCCUUGCUGUGAUGGAGGGGUAUUUCAAUGAAAACCAGUACCCUGAUGAGGCAAAGCGAGAAGAGAUUGCAAAUGCCUGCAAUGCAGUUAUACAGAAACCAGGUAAAAAGCUAUCUGAUUUGGAACGAGUUACCUCCCUAAAAGUCUAUAACUGGUUUGCCAACAGGCGGAAGGAGAUCAAGAGAAGAGCUAAUAUUGAAGCAGCAAUCCUGGAGAGUCAUGGUAUCGAUGUUCAAAGUCCUGGAGGCCAUUCCAACAGUGAUGAUGUAGAUGGGAAUGAUUACUCAGAACAGGAUGACAGCACUAGCCACAGUGACCACCAAGACCCAAUUUCUUUAGCCGUGGAAAUGGCAGCUGUGAACCACACUAUCCUGGCAUUGGCCCGACAAGGUGCCGGAGAAAUCAAGACAGAGGCUCUAGAGGAUGACUGAUUGUUACAGUGGGGACAAACAGAAUUACUUAGAUUUAGAAGUAGCACCUUAGUGGACUUUCCUUGGUCCUUAAUGUGUGUUCUUAUUACAUUAUAAACUUUGCAGUAUCUUGUACGUCCGUUAGCUGUUAGGGUCUUGUUCUGUAAAGACUGGCAUGGUGCCCUCAGCCUUUGCUUGUACUCUUCCAGUAUUAUUAAUCUAUAAUUUAUAAAUGUCCAGUCCCAGUCAUAUGCGCCACACAUCAUUCACUAGAGUGAUUUGCUUCUCUGUCUUCUAGCAUUCUAAAUAGAAGUGCUUCCAAACUACCUGAUCUCUUCUUGUACUCCAUAUCAAAAUCUGCAAGGGCCUGUGGACGUGGCAUAGUUGUAAACAUCACACUCCCUUGUACCUGAAAAUAAAGGAGUGCAGCUAGAGGAAGCCAAAUUGGUAAUUUUAGACUUUGCAGGAAGCUAUAUUGGUAUGGAAGUAGUUAUAGGAAAUCAUAUUGGUAAGGCAGCUGGAUUUGAGAAGCCAUGCAAAGAUGGUGGUCGUUUGAAUGGAUAACGAAAGUAGUUAAGAAAGCUGUUUUAACAGUAGCCCCAUUAACAAAAAAACUUACUUUGUCCUUUCUAACUGGGAUUAUACCAGAUCUGGCCUUUGAAGUCUGGUUGUCAUCUGUAUCACAGAGAAGAUGCUGUGUUGUACAUGCCAUCCUUUGUGUUUUAAUGGUAAAUAAUCUGCAGAUGCGUCAGUAGUUUCUAAAGAAGUCCAAGAUUCAAUCCCCUGCCUUUGCUGUCCAGAACAUGUAGAAAAGCUGAACAUUAUUCCAUCCUAGUAAGUAUGUACUCUCAUCUGUUCAUUCUCUUGAUUGCCAUCAGUGCAUGUGGUGCUGUGUUUGUACAGGUAAUUUAAAAGAAACAAGUGGUUCCACAUUGACAGCAUCUAGCACUAGUACUUAGUGUUAAUAAUAUACUGGCAUAAAUGGGAGGAGAUUUCACUUGGCCUUCUGGAGCAUUGAUGAACUGUAAUUGUUCAAAAUAUAUCCUGCCUCAUUACUCUCAGACUUGUAGAGUGGGCAUACUUGGUGCUACUCUGAAAUCACACCAAAUAAAACUUAUUUAGGGUCAAAAUCUGUACAUCAGCACUAAAACUUCAGACAGGUCUCAGCAGCACUCUCUGUGAUCUAAUUCUUAUUUUCUUACCACACUCUAGGGGAAGAGCCUUUUUAUAACAAUCAUAAUAGUUAAUUGAGUGUUUCAUUUGGCUGUGAAGAGUGUGGUGCAGUCCAGCAUGCGGCGGAUAGGCAUGAUCCUUUUAAAUAUUGUAGCAAUGACCAGAACAUUCCAAGUAAUGCCUUCAGGUCAGUAGGAGGUGCCAUGCAGUCCACAGAAGAUAUGCAAAGAGGUAUAGUGGUCUCCCAGUUAGAGACAGGUAUCCAAACUUGUCUUAAACUGUGAAGUGUAGCUUGCUUACCAGUCUUUUAUUGAUUCCCAGGUUUUCUGGGAUUUUAGAAAUAUGACAGUCUCUGGUAAAUAAAAAAAUAUAUAGUACAAUUUGUGAGUUGUUAAAAUCACAAAAUGGCUAAGGUGUGCAGUAUGAACUGUGAAAAAAAGCAGUUUAGUGCAAGGAUCACUGCUCUUAAAACUAAAGCCAUGUCAUGUACGUCCAUCUAAGCAUUAAUUCUUGUAUUUCAUAGUGUCAUUUCACUGAUAUAUGAAUUAAUGAAAAUUAGAUUUCAUAGCUGUAAAUUAUAUUUUAUUUGAAUGAUAUUGCAUGUCCUUUUCAGCCUCCAUUUAAUGUGGAGACAUUCUGGUGCACUACUAUAACCACGUUUCAGUGGAAUACAUUAUUGAAGACUUCUGUCUUCUCCUUCCCUCUACUACUGUGUAAAUGAUGUUGGAAUAGUUGUCUCCUAAUAAGCUUCAUUAACAUUUUGUUAAAGUCAGCAGUGUAGUCUGUGUAUUAGUUUUAUAGUGUGUAGGAGAGCUCAUAUUUUGCUUUUAUUUGUCCUUGUUUUGUAAAUAAAACUAGUUUUAUAAACAUAA